AAGCUAAUUUCACCGGACUAUACACACACCCAUCUCAUUCAUGAAGCUCAAAUUGAACCGAAAAAUCAGUCUGCAACAUGUAUACCGCGCUGCUAAUAUUAGUCGUGACGUGUGGUGUUAGUUUUCUUUCUGCUCAAAACUGUUCCGUGCCUUCCCUUACUGGAACGCUCUACCAGAAGGUCGACAGCGAACCACAGAACCUCACCAUAGAAGGUUCUAUCCAGCUGGAAGAUGACUCAUUCUACCUGCUGAUAGCCAAUCAAAGCUUGCCGCAUCUUUGUCGCAAUUCGGUCAACAUUCAAUACGAACUCUACGUGCUGCAGAUCAGAAACGUGGGUCUAGCUGAUAUCCAGCCUCGUGCGUUUAACAUCACACCUACCUUAGGCCUGCUCAAAAUCAGCUACAAUCCUUUGACUUCGCUGAAGAAAGGGGUGUUUCAAGGUCUCAGAGUCAAAGAAAUAGACUGUUCUAACAACUUCAUAUCUUCGAUAGAUGAAGAAGCAUUCGAUGGUAUACCAACGUUAGAAGUGUUAAGAUUGAGCUACAACGCUAUCAAGCAAGUCAGUCCAGAGUGGUUUAAAAACAGUCCGAAUGUGUAUAAGUUGAGUAUAAUCUUCAAUGAGUUGACCAGCCUGCCUGCGCGAGCUUUUCAAAACAUGGCCAAGGACAGACCUGUCAAGUUGAGACUGUCAGCCAAUAGGAUUCAGGAUAUAGAUGACGACGCGUUUUUCAGUAUGGGUAACAUAGAGAUACUGCGUCUCAACGGCAACAAACUGGCGACGCUCCCCGAAAACCUCUUCGUGAACAGAACUAUCCGACAUCUGGAGAUCAACACCAACAAACUCCUGUGCUUUCCAGACACACUGUUCCACAGCGGCGUCGCCAGUCUCGCGUUCCUGGAUAAUCCCACGUUCAAGUGCCCUUGCCUGGAGAAAGUCCGCCAUUUUGUUGAAACACAGAACAUCUACAUUUGGUAUCCGGCAAUCAUUUGCGAAGAUCGUGCCAGGGAGGUCAACAUUGUGUUCAAUCAUAAUAAGACGUACGAGUUGCCGCUCAUUUUGCCCUCCACAGAAGCCACUUUGGGAUAGUAGCGUACGCUCUUUCGGACUAGUUUGUGAGAAAUUAUUAUCGAUUAAAGGACUGGUCUAGUCAAUAAAAUGAUUAGAGAAGGGCUAAGGUACUGAUUACGAGCGUACCUGUAAGUUUUGGUAGUGACUGCUCAAAUUGUACAUAAUGAAGAAGUUUCAAAUUUAAUAAAAAAUAGUGUAAGUAAAGUGAAGCACAACACUGAUUUUUUGGAUAUCUUAAAAACUGGCAGAGUAAGAUAUUUUUUCUUUGUUACAAAAGAAUGUACUCGUAGUAUUUCAGGCUAAUAUUUAAUAAAAAUAUCGUAUGUUAUCAGAAAUACAUUUUAGUUUUCAAAUACGUUUCCGCUAAUAUAAUAAUAAUUAACGUCUUUUAUUUGUAAUAUUCUUACAGGAGGCGAGAUUUAGAUUAUACAGGGUGUCCCAGAAGUCGACGUGAAGCCGAAACCGG